CGCUCAGAGCCUGGCGCGGGUGUCCGUCCGGCGGCAGCGCGCGCCGAUUGGGCGGGCGGUCGCCGGGGAGCGGGGGCAGCAUGUUGGGGUGCGCGCUACUUAAGGUCCUGCUGCGUGAGCCAUUGACGUGUUUGGAGCUGGAGACGGCCUGGGUGGUGGCGAAGCGGCGGCCGGAGGUGAGUGGUUCCCUGCCCCUCCCUCCACGGCCGCCGCGGGGUCCGAAUCUCCGUCUGUCGGGCGCAGCCGCUCGGGCCGAGGCCCUGCGGUGGCGCCGACUCCCUGACGUGCUUCCUCGUCUCGCCGCAUGGUUCUGUGUGGCCGGGACGAGGAAGCUGACUCGUGCCGGUUGCCCAGCUCUUCCUUCAUUCUCCUCUGCAGCCUCGGAAGCGAGAUCGCCUGCUCUCACCCUCUAAUUCCCUGCCUGUGCCUCGCGCCGAACCAGUAAGAAGACUGCUAAGAUGCCCUUGGCAACACCAAGGCUGAGAGAUCCGGACAUAAAUCCUUGCUUGUCGGAAUCGGAUGCCUCCGCCAGGUGCAUGGAUGAAAACAACUAUGACAGGGACAAGUGUUCCAGCUACUUCUUGAAGUACAAAAAUUGCCGAAGAUUUUGGAAUUCCAUCAUGAUCCAAAGAAGACAGAGUGGAGUGAAGCCACCUAUGCCGACGGCAGCAGAAAGAGCUGAAAUCUUGGGAGCAAUGGGAAAGCUACCAUAUUGAAUGUUUGCAUUAAAAUUGUUUGUGUAACUUGGAA